AUGAAAAGAGGAAGGAAAAGAUCACAAGAAGUAACAUCUUGUAAUGACCCGACUCCGCAACCUCGUCAUACAAAACCAUUGGGUGCAAACGCAAGGAAUGCAUGUCGAGUUAUUACUGGUGGAGGAAUUGAAGGUGGAGGAAAUAGAGUUAGAGAUGGAACAGUUGUAGGAAGUGAAGGUGGAGUUUCCACAUGUGGAGGAAGUGAAGGUGGAGUUGCUGUUACUGGAGGAACUGAAUUUGUAGUUGCCACAAGUGGAGGAAGUGAAGGUGGACUUGCUGUUACUGGAGGAAGUGAAGUUGGAGUUGGUGGAGGAAGUGAAGGUGGAGUUGGUGUUACUGGAGGAACUGAAGUUGGAGUUGGCACUUCUAGAAUAAAUGAAGGAGACCCAAAUGAAGAAGAAGAAGAAAACUUAGCCGAAACGAGUGAUGCUGCUAUUGAUAAAGCUAAAUAUGUAAUGAAGUAG